AUGGCAGGGAAAAGAGGUAGGUUUUAUGCAGUCCAAAAUGGCAGGCAACAAGGGGUCUACAACAAUUGGGACGACUGUAAGGAACAGGUAACUGGGUACUCCGGAGCUCGGUACAAGAAAUUCGACACGUAUGCAGAGGCUCAGGCAUUUUCAAACUCCCAGGUAUCUGCGGGAACUGAAAGGAACUUUUCGAGUCAGCGCAGUUCGGCCUCUGACCCCCGAAACUGUCGCGACUAUGCUGCAAUAAGCUACGCUAGUCACCAAACUCAUUCGUGGCAGCCUACCAGACAGAAGAAAUCCUACUCCGUGAAGAAAUACUACUCCGUGAAGAGCAGCAACCCCUCAGUCCCCAGUAGAAUAUUCAGCGAUUGGAAGGAAUGCGAAAGAUAUGUGAAAGGUCAAAAAGGGCUGUCAUUCAAGAAAUUUGAAGAUCAGGACACUGCUGUACAAUUUAUGAAGGGGACGGCGGAUGAUCAAGUUGAUUUUUCGCAUGCUGGUAUUUCCAAGAAUGAGUUUACAGCCAGAUAUAAGCUUUCCCCAACCAACAGGAAAUAUUCUGGGACCUCGAGGGUUUACUGUGAUGGCUCUGCACUUGCGAAUGGAACAAGCUCCUCAUGUGCGGGCUAUGGUGUGCAUUUCGCUGAUGAACCUGGUAACGAUAUAUCUGAACCAUUGAGGUCGGGAGCUCAGACUAACAAUAGAGCUGAAAUACAAGCUGUUUCGAGAGCAUUGGACGAGAUUUGGCACAAUCUGACUGAAAACAAUGAUAAGAAGUGCUACCAGAUUAAAACAGACUCUGAGUACGUGGCCAAAUUGCUCAAUGACAGGUAUUUUGCUUACACAAAUGAUGAGCUUGCAGGAUUACCUAACAGCGAUCUCAUCAAUCCUUUACUGGAAAAGUUCACUAAGGUCAAGCAAUAUUAUGCGGUCAAUCAUGAAGCCUUUGAUAACAAUGGCCGUUUCACUAUCGAAUGGGUAAAGGGUCAUGCUGGCGAGCCCGGGAAUGAGAUAGCGGACGAACUCGCUAGAAGAGGUGCGCUUAAAAAGACUUAA